GUACCCACCAUCUAAGUUGGCAACAGGUACAAGACCAGACUCUUAUUGGCUAUGCAUAAUAAGCCGUACAUGGGUAAAAGGCGGCGUAAUAAUGAGACACCAUAACAUCUCAGCCCCGCACGGGGCCAGUUAUUUGCCUAGUAUAAAUCUCAUUCAACGUCGAUCACUUCCACUAACAAAGCCCUACGACCAAGAUGCCGCGCAUCGAAACCUCGCCUAAUCCUAUGCCUUUACUUUCCCGCCAGCAGGACGACUCGUAUCUGUACGUAUCGGUUGCGAUGCUGGUGCUGUAUGACUAUGUUCUCUGCCUUAAUCGAGAGGUAGACUCAAUCUGGAUGAGCAGACCAUCGUGGAUGACAUGUUGCUAUGCAUUCCUUCGCUACACAGGAAUAUUCUACGCUAUGAUAGGAUUUUUGCUUGAUUUGCCUGUCCCUCUUUCCGACAAUGCGAGCUAUUCACUCUACAUCAUGCUUGGAGCGGCCUUUACGAGCGUCCAAUUGUUAACCGUACAAGGUAUCAUGACGGCUCGCAUUUGCGCACUAUACGGAAAUUCAAGAAAGAUUGUCACUUUUUACUGCGUGUUGUACGCAAUAAUACAAGUGCCAGACGCCGUGUUGUAUGUGAUAGAAGGCGUUAAACCCUACGGAAACACAUCUCAAGAGGGAGUCAUGAUGGGAGUACCGAGAUGUGUUCUGGUCUCGCCUGGAGUAUUCCCUAUUGCUAAAGCGAACCGAGCUUACGUCUACAUUACGAUGGCCUAUGACCUUAUCCUGUUUGUUAUGCUGGUUUACCGAUGGCUGUCACACGUCAAGAUACAUGGAACAAGCAAGACCGC